AUGAAAGACGAUCCCGAGUUUAAUAUUAAUUUUGUUGGACUCGUUGAGAGUCAUCAAUGUUUGUAUGACCAUCGCCAGACAGACUUUUUAAAUAGAGCAAUACAGGAUCAAGCUUGGGAAAGUAUAAGCCGAGAAGUUAAAGGAACAGUACCAGAAUGUAAAGAAAGGUAUAAGAAUCUUCGGGCGUGUUAUACCAGGUAUUUAAAAAAUAAAUUACCAUCAGGAUCAGGCGCAAAAUUCAAACGACCAUACUACUUGUCAGAGUAUAUGAAAUUUUUAGAGCCAUUUACAAAAACUCGGAAACAAACUGUUAAUAUAUCACCAAUAUCAACAGUAGAACAGUCAGAACUCGCAGAAAACAUUAACGAAAAUGAUGAUGAUGACAAUGAUUUGCCUAAAGAUGUCCCAGACACUGACGAAGAAGAGCUUUCUGAAGUUGUCGAAGAUAAUCAGCCAUUAAAAACCUGCACUAUAAAGCCCAUCUUGAUAAAGAAACGUCAGUCUGUCCAGUUGGAUGAAGUUAACAAAGAUGCCUUUGAUUUCUAUAUAAGCAAAAGGAAAAAAAUGGUGCCUGAAGAAGACAUUGAUUUAUGUUUUUUAAAAAGUUUGUUGCCAGAUAUGAGAAAAAUGUACGAAGACCAAAAAAGGCGUUAUAAAAUUCAAAUGAUUAGCAUAGCUGGAAGUAUUUUAAGUGAACCUAAAAUUUCAAGUGGACCAAAAACGUCUUCUAGUCAACAGCAGUCCAAUUUGUUCUCAAGCUCCGCAAUUUCAUCAAAUAUACCAACAAUAGUUGGUAUACCAAACAGACCUCAAUCUCACCUCAAUGAAGCCAGUGAAGAUAUCGUCUACUCUCAACAAUGGUAUUAA